AUGAAGCUUGCCACUCGUGACAGCGAAACGUUAGGAAGAAAUUCCAACCGACGACGAACUUUAGAUCCGAAUCAAGACAGCAGUUCAUCAACUGGCCGUGAAAGCCUUAACCAAUUUGUCAGACGCCUCUAUGGGGAAGAGACAUGUAAGCAGUAUCAACAACUGGAUAAUUUCAGAAAACAGAAGGCACAUUUACUCGCCACCUUGGCUUUUCUGAGCCGCUGCCGGGACACUAACAUCGUUCCAGCUUUCCUUAGACAGAAACAAAUUCUCCAAUCAGCGCAAGCUAAGAGGAUCUACGCCAGGACUGAGAAAGCCUUUCUUAGAGAACGGAUCCACUAUACUCGACAUAGCCUAGCGAGGACGGACGAAAAACUACUUGGCCUGCACUUGACUGAGCAACAGGAUUGGGACAAAAUGGACGCAAUAUCGCAUUCCAACAUGAGAAACCAACUGGACCGCUUCAAGGUGCAGCAGAUUAGAAAAUACGAGAAGUUUCAGAGACGGCAAUCACCCCAGACAGCAAGCAUUGACCAUGAGCGACUCGUGGUGAAUCUAACGGAUAGGGUACUUGCUGAGGAUGAAAAAUCAGUAUUAUCCAAAGGAGGUAAUUUUGCAAUCACGCCCCGCCACAUUCCGGUUGAAGACAUUAUCUCCAGUACGGAGGCAGCCAUUAGACAUCUACCGGACGAGGCCGCCGAGGAAAUACGAAUGGCGACAGCCAACAUUCUUAGAAGGGCGAAUCCACCAAAAAGCAAGCUGGUCUGGUACUACGGAACUUGA